AUGGUCGUGAUGAUGUACUUCACCACGGUGCCCUGGGAUUGUUACUUCUUUGUGGGAUGGUGCUACCUGGCGCCGAUUUUCGGGGCUGUUGUUGCAGACAGCUACCUAGGUCGAUUCAAGACCAUUUUCCUUGGGGCGGGACUUUCCGUGUGCGGUGUCCUGGUUUUGUUCAUCACGUCGCUAUCUCCAAGUCUCGAGCAUGGAGGAGGUUUACCAGGUCUAAUGCUUGCAUUAGUAUUGAUUGGACUGGGAUGCGGUGGUAUCAAAAGCAAUGUCGGCCCCUUGAUUGCUGAACAGCACUCUAUGCGCACAGAACGAGUAAAGUCACUGCAGAGUGGAGAGAAGGUCAUUGUCGAUCCCAAUGUAACAGUUCAGACGGUCUAUGCGCGAUACUACAGGAUCAUAAAUAUUGGCGCUCUCUCGAUCAUUCCCGCUUCAUGGCUGGAGCUCAAGGUGGACUUCUGGGCAGCUUUUAUGAUGCCGCUGUGUCUGUGGCUAUUGGCCAUUGUCGCCCUAGUAGUUGCCCUCAAGAAAUAUGUGAUCAAGCAACCGCAUGGCUCGGCCGUUACCAAAGCCGUUCGCGUCCUAUGGAUUAGCCUGAAGAACAAUGGCAAUAUAGACGCAGCAAGGCCGUUUGCGAUGGAGGCCAGUGGUGUAGCUGUAUGCUGGGACGACACGUUUGUGGAUGAGUUGAAACGAGCACUUGUUGCCUGCCGGGUGUUUCUCCUAUACCCCAUUUUCUGGUUAUGCAAUGGCCAGGCCAACAACAACCUCGUCAGUCAGGCGUCGUCUCUCAAGACAUACCGGAUACCGCAUGAUAUGAUCGGACUAUUCAAUCCCCUCACUAUUCUGAUUGCGGUUCCUCUAUUCGAACGCCUCAUCAACCCUGCCCUCCGACGGUUCCAUAUCCCCUUCAAACCCAUAAGUCGCAUGACUACCGGCUUCGUCGCCAUAGCCUUCGCUACUGCCAUCGCUGCUGUCAUCCAACAAUGGCUCCCCCAGUUCUUCGCCAGUCCGUCCGGGAUGGAAUAUGCCUACACCAAAGCCCCAAGGUCAAUGCGGAGUAUCGUCUCCGCUCUUUUUCUUCUUACCUGCACGAUCGGUUCAACUGUGGGAAUCACCCUGUCGCCUGUAUCGGUUGAGCCAAAAGUGCUGGUGGAGUAUGCCUCUCUCAGCGUAACCAUGUUUGCCACAGCUAUCGUGUUCUUUUUUUGCUUCCGCAAAUACAACCAGACGGAGGAAAGCAUGAACAUGAUCGGGGACACAAGCAAGGAGGAAUUGACAGAAUUGUCAGUGGAAGAUAUCAACGAUUUGUGUCGGCUAGAAAAGCAUUGA